AUGGUUCUGAGCCUGAAAACCGUAAUAGAACCUUAUAAAACUGUAAUAGAGCCUUCAUUCUUAGAAAGAAAACCCAAUCAACUUAUUUGUGUUAGAAGUACAAUGGAUAACAGAGUGAUUGCACAAUGGCAACUACAAGUUCUCUCACUGAUACCAGAAUUCAAUUUGGAUGGCAACAGCAGUUUGAAAUCCAACGGCAGUGCCAAAGAUCUGGCCACUGUCAUGGAGAACCUAAAAAAGAACAGUCUCUCCCGUCAGAACCAGACCCUUAACACACAAGUCACAAGCUCAUUAAAACAACAGAUGGUGUCCAGCACAACUUCCAGCAGCGCGGUGACGAGUCAGAGGGUGCAAAGCUCGUCACAGCGCGCAAGCUCUAUGAAGUCUGACCUCAGCGAACUUAAAAGCUCUAUUUCUGAAAUGAAAACGCUCAGCAAUUCCGCCGCCUUGAAUUUUGGACAAAGAUUGAAGAGUUCGAUGGAGAAUAUUGUAGACCAAGACGAUAUGAAAGAACGACAUAUUCCGGACAUCAGAGACUUAAGCGAUAUGGGUGAUAUAGGUGACAUGAGUGAUAUGACCGAUUUAGCUGGAGACGGGCCUCUAGUGACGUUUCCCGAAUCAGAUACGCCGCCACCUGAUAAACAGUGUAUACUUGCUAGUAAUUCCAGUGCCGUGGGAUCAAAUGCCGCAAAUGAGUUAAAGUAUAGUGCCGCCCGAAUGACAUCUGCUAGCUCUACUCGCGUGGUCACUGAUGGCUAUAGUGCCUCUAAGUCCGAAGCAAACAGCACAAGGAUGCGACGCUUGCAACACGGGGAUAUGCAAUAUGCAGAGCGUAGUGCCGCUGGAGCAUCACACAGAUUAUUACAGGCGGAGGGCUUGACAGCAGAACAAAAUGCUGCAUAUCACCAAGAAAAACGUUCGUUGCAAGCUGGAGAAGUGACAGCGCAGGAAGCUAACAACAUGUCUGCGUCUAGUUCUCGAUUACAAACAGAAGCGUUUAGUGCAGAAAAGAAGGCUAUGGCAUCAUCACAGGCCAGACAAACAGUUACUUCAAGCGGAAUGUUUAGUCAUAAGGAACAGACUAGUGUUGCGCAUUCUAACAUGACUAUUUCGAGCAAAAAUCUCACUAAAUCAACUUUAUUGCAAUCUCAGAUGAGUCAACUGCUAAACGGAACAGUUAAACCUGGCGAUGAAGAUUUAUCAAACCUCACGUUUGAAGAUUUAGACAAGUUAGAUGCGAAAUCAAAUCAAAAGGAUGUUGAUCUAGCUAUUCAAAAAUAUUCUCACAGAAUGAACGCAUUUAUUACAGCAAUAAAAAAUAACCAAAUUGAUUUGAGAAAUGCAUGUGGACAUUUUAACAAAUUAAAUGAAAUGUUGAGGAGAGCAUGGGCGGUGCCAACAUACGGACACGAAUUGGGUUACUCUCUAUGUAAUACGCUACGAACUUCUGGUGGUUUAGAUAUAUUAAUGGAUAACUGCUUAGAAUCAAAUAACCCAGAUUUACAGUUCUCUUCAGCGAAACUACUCGAGCAAUGCCUUACAACUGAAAAUAGAGCACAUGUUGUAGAAAAUGGGCUAGAGAAAGUUGUUAAUGUAGCUUGCGUAUGUACAAAACACUCGAGUUCCGUUGACCAUGCAAGAAUAGGUACUGGAAUAUUGGAACACUUGUUUAAACACAGUGAAGGCACAUGUAGUGACGUGAUAAAGCUAGGAGGCUUAGAUGCAAUUUUAUUCGAAUGCAGAAAAAAUGACGUUGAAACUCUUCGACAUUGUGCCACAGCGCUGGCUAACCUUUCACUGUAUGGCGGUGCUGAAAACCAGGAAGCUAUGGUAAAAAGAUCAGUACAGAUGUGGUUAUUCCCUCUCGCAUUUCAUAACGAUGACAAUAUCAAAUACUAUGCUUGUUUAGCUAUCGCAGUUUUAGUUGCUAACAAAGAAAUAGAAGCUGCGGUAUUGAAAUCUGGUACACUGGACUUGGUAGAACCGUUUGUAACCUCACAUAACCCGUCCGAGUUCGCGCGUUCUAAUUUAGCGCAUGCUCAUGGCCAGAGUAAAAACUGGUUACAAAGGCUAGUACCAGUAUUGAGUUCAAAAAGGGAAGAAGCUAGGAACUUAGCUGCAUUCCAUUUCUGUAUGGAGGCGGGAAUUAAAAAACAACAGGGCAAUACAGAAAUAUUUAGAGAGAUAGGUGCAAUAGAUUCAUUGAAAAAAGUAGCUAGCUGUCCGAAUGCUGUAGCCUCUAAAUACGCCGCGCAAGCUUUAAGGCUUAUAGGAGAGGAAGUUCCACACAAACUGUCCCAACAAGUUCCUCUUUGGUCAAUAGAAGAUGUACGUGAAUGGGUGAAACAAAUAGGUUUUUCAGAAUAUGCAAAUAACUUUUAUGAGAGUAGGGUAGAUGGUGAUUUAUUGCUCCAAAUUUCUGAAGACAACCUCAAAGAGGACAUUGGUUUACAUAAUGGAAUCAAACGCAAAAGAUUCACCAGGGAACUCCAACAAUUAAAAAAAAUGGCGGACUACAGUUCACGAGACACGGGCAGUCUAAAUGAGUUUUUACAGGGCAUUGGUCCAGAGUACACUAUUUAUACGUAUUCAAUGUUAAAUGCCGGCGUGGACAAAGAAUCUAUUCGAGGAUUGAGUGACGAGCAACUGGAAGUUGAAUGCAGGAUUGUUAAUAGUAUACAUAGGCUACGGAUAUUAAACGCUAUACGAGCAUACGAAAGCAAUCUGCUAAGUAAGGGUGAUGAAAGUUUGGAAAAAAAUUUAGACGUGUUUGUCAGUUAUCGAAGAUCGAAUGGUUCUCAAUUGGCAAGUCUGCUUAAAGUCCACCUACAAGUACGAGGAUUCACAGUGUUUAUUGAUGUAGAGCGAUUAGAAGCUGGCAAAUUUGAUAACAAUCUUCUCAGGAGUAUACGACAAGCUAAACAUUUUCUGUUAGUACUUACGCCUAACGCCCUUGAGAGGUGUAAACACGACAAUGAACAAAAAGACUGGGUUCAUCGGGAGAUAGUAGCAGCGUUGCAAUCACAGUGCAAUAUUGUACCAAUUAUCGACAAUUUUGAAUGGCCAGAUCCAGAGGAAUUGCCUGAGGACAUGCGAGCAGUUUGUCACUUUAACGGUGUACGGUGGAUACAUGAUUACCAGGAUGCUUGUGUAGAAAAACUUGAAAGUUUUAUUCGUGGUAAAUCGAACCUGCCUAAUAGAAUGGAUGGUCCAUUGAGGAGUCGCGACGUACAGACACCCAGUACAGCAACAAUUGGUCGGGAACCGUUACACACUCUGCCACCUGUUAGGCCACGACGAAGUCGUCAAUCGUCGGUAGAAAAAGCUUUAGCAAACUCACAAAGCUGUGAACAGCUAUCCAAUAGUAAUAGUGCGUCAAAAUCAAAUUCACCUGUGAAAACUUUAUACAGUCUUCCUGAAAGAUUAUCAGAAAGUGAUAACGUAGACUGUAAAGAAGUUCAUACAUUAGAGGGCCGGCAUAUUUGUCCCACUUGCAAAAGCUCUACAGAAUCGUGCGAACACACCGAAAUAUCGCUAUCCGCGCCUUUAGAUGUUACUACACAAACCAAGAGGAAAAAGAAUUUCAUGGACAGAUGUGUGAAUAAAGUGAGACUUUGC